AUGUCUAUUUUGAAGUUUUUAUACUCUACAUGUGAGUGGAUGCCCAAGAUAUUAAGUGUCAUUGGGUCUCCCUCGGCAGAUCAAAAUGAAGACCCGACUAACAGAGCCUGUGCUGAGAAGCAUCUUCGCCUCCACGAUGGCCUGGUUACCGGCGCUAGCCCAGCCGAGACUCGGAAUGGAUUCGGGCUCAAUUCCCUUAACUGCAGUGCUCAACCGUGA